AGUUAUAUCUAGAUAAGCAAGUUAAAUGGCUAUAUUUACAUAUUCAAUUUAGACAAGAAAUGUGUAGCUCCUGUAUGAGAUGAGGCAUGUAACCUUAGCAACCACAAGCAACGCGUCUAUGCCUAAAUAACAGCUAUCUAGGCAGGUAUACCAUGCAGCAUAAUGCAUGCAAAGCAAGUAAACAUGGGAUGACGUCGCUGUUUUACGUGAUGACGAAAAUGCUGUCGUUUCGACGUAAUGCCAAAGGACGAGGAAGAAUGGAGGAGGGGAGCCGAGGAAGCUGCGGAGAGAAGAGCGAGUGGCGGGAGGUCGCGUAACUAACUGUGGACAGUACCGUACACAGCUAGUAAGCCUAACAAAGCCGUAAAAUCACAGGCAGCUAAUGCCUGUCUCAACGUCCAGCACUGCAGCGUGAAUAUAAUUCAGACAAGGACGAAGUCGUAGACAUCGGAGCUGCACCCUAACAGGUAUGGCCCAGAAUUGAUGUGGACGGUGCUGGAGAUGGCAGAAGGGAUUGAUGUUGGCGAGAUGCCCUCCUUCCAGCUGGUUCCCAGUGCUGAAGCUAAAAAGAGGCCGAUUUCAUCUGAUGGCAGGGAAGAGCCUGUGAGGAAGAUGCCCGUGUCAAAGUUUGGUCCCCGACCGCGGUUUGAGCCCGUGCACUUUGUCAGUAGCGGCACCACCGGCGGCAGCGGCGGUGGCACCGACGAGAAGGAGAAUGAGAAGGAGCGCAGGAGGGGCGAGAUGAACAGCGGGAGGCAGAGGGACUUUGAGAACCCGUCGCCCUACGGCGGCAGAGCCUACGGGUCCCCUGCAUCGGCCUCUGGCUCCCAGAGCGCCACGCCGUACGCGUCUGACUCCUGGGCUCGCCGGAGGGACAGAGACAUGGCCGGCAGCAGCACUGGUGGCCUGGGUUUUGGCAGCCGAGGGUGCUCCUCCGGCUUUAUGGGGAGGAUGCAGCAGGACUAUUCAGCGAGGUAUGAGGCGCACGGCCCCAGGCAGUCGGAGUCCUCUUUUCAAGCCCAUAGGUUUGAUGAAUAUCGUGGUGGCAACCGGGCGGGUGGCUGGGAUUCAGGGCGUCAGGGCUUGGGGUUUGGGCACCAGGACAGACCUUCGUCCACCAGGGCUUUCAGCAGAGUCUACGGGAGCCCAGGGGACAGCAGCCCUUCCUCCCAGCCUGGCUCGUGUCAGCCGGCCCCCAUCUCCCCAGCCACGCUGGAGGAGAAGCAGAGAUUGAUUGCUAGAGUGGCGUCUGCUAUGGCGGUCACCUACAAAGACCCCACAUCCAUGAGCGGCCCGGACACGCCAAACUACAACUUCAUCUUGAGCCGGAGCAUCCAGGCUUGCAAGACCAACCCAGAAUACAUCUACGUCAACCUAAAGGACAUACCCCCUUCGGACCUGCCCAAGAACCGGAAGGUGCCGUCGGACGGCUACGCUUGUGAGCUGAGGUGCCAGUGUGUUUACCUGUCCACGGGCUACUCUGGCAGCAAAAACGGGGCCAGGGACCGGGCUUCCGAGCAGGCAGUCAAACUCUUCCAGAAGCCGGUGGAAGUGCGAGUCGUCCAGCGCAAGUACAGGCACACGUACGUCAACGACAUGGUGGUGUGCCAGGUGCACGCCCCGACGCCUUCCUUCCUGCCUGCCCUGCGAAACCCCGAGGACAAGCCGCCACCCAGCUCCAAGGGCCAGUACGAGCACGACCGGCGCAAGCACUGGACCGAGUUUGUCAUUGUGGACAACGCCCACGACGCCAUCUGCAUCCUGAACAACUCGGCCGCUUUCAACCGCAUGAAAAUAGACUACAAGUUCGACCUGGUGCCCAACAGCAGCAUCUGGCAGUGCAGUGUGUAUCUGCAGGACGAGCUGGUGGCGCAGGCCACCGGGAACAAGAAGACCUCCAAGCACGCCGCUGCCGAGGAGGCCCUGAGGAAGCUGCGGCUCAACCAGGCGUCCAAGCAGCAGGAGCAGCAGCUCUCCAGAGGGGCCCACAAUUCGGACGCCUCGGGUGGCCGCUACGGCCACCACGGCGGCAGGAAGAAGCACCUGAGCGAGCUGGUCAUCCUGGAGAACUCGGACAACGCCAUCUGCAUCAUCAACGAUACGGCCCAGUUCAACAAGGUGUCCGCCGAUUACAAGUUCAUGGUGCUGCCGGACCACCGCUGGAGGUGCGAGGUCUACCUGGAGGGCCAGUACGUGGCGGCGGGCAUCGGGCCGAAGAAGACGGUGAAGCACAUUGCGGCCGAGGAGGCCUUGGCCACGCUGAGGCAGACGCAGGCGGUGGUGAAGUCCAACCUGAGGAAGGACGGCAACGUUGAUGCGAUCUCACGCAACCAGAUCCUGGCCCGCUCUGGGGAGGAGUCCAUGCGGCAGGAGAUCAAGGAGGACAACAUCGGAAACCAGCUUCUGCGCAAGAUGGGCUGGAAGGGUGGCGGGCUGGGCCGGGAGGGGGAGGGCAUCGCUGAGCCCAUCAAGGUGAAAGAGCAGUUCUCCCGGGAAGGGCUCGGCCUGGACAUGGACAAGCCCGGGAACCAGCUCAGCAAGAGGGACAUCGAGGAGAUCAUCCGCAACUACGCCAGCUCGGACCGGCAGGAUGACCUGCGCUUCUCCACCGAGCUCAACAACGACGAGCGCAAGCAGAUCCACCAGAUCUCGCAGAAGUACGGGCUGCGCAGCAAGUCGUACGGGCAGGGCAGGCAGCGGUUUCUCAUCGUCAGCCGCAAGGUGCACAAGGAUCAGCUCAUUGGCCAGCUCCUACAGGAGGGGCAGGUGGGGCGAUACGAAUUGGUGAAACCUCAGGCCUCACACUGAGAGAACUUGCAGUACACCGUUGCUAUGAAAAUGCACUUCAUAUAGGUCCUUUUUUUGUUGUUCCGUUUUCAUUCAAAACAAUGUUAAAUGCAUUUCAAGUUGGCAUUUCCUUCAGGAACUAUUCAUGUUGCUUCCCUGUUCCUCAUUCUUAAAAGUGUGAAGAUUUAAUAAUGGAUCACAUGAUCAAGCAGAGGCUCUUGGAUACGAAUUUGUUUUUGUUUUAUGAAAUUUCCAUGCUUUACCCCUCUGCUUCUCCUAAAUGUCAUUCCACAAGUCCUUCAGUGUAAUCUACUGUAGUUCUCACCCAUGUGUGUGUAUUUAGAUUUAACUUGAGAAGCACCAUGUACUGUAUUGUACACAAACUACCUUAGUCAUUAUUUUUCUCCUAACCUGUGAAUAAAAUACUGGAGUUAAGAUACUUACUACAAAGGGAGCCGUUAAAAAAAAACAUUAAAGCAUUUACAACAUUUGACCUCUGGAAACCUAAAUAUCAUUUAGUUUAUAUGUCAUGUGAGUAUGGUAUUCUAGGAUUGUGAUAAAUCCUUUUCCUCCAAUGGCCUCAGUAGUUGGUUAAAGCUCAUUACUCAUUAACUUACUACUUUGUGAAAUGUCUUGUCAAGAAGCAAGGCACUUUUUAAGCAUCAAUGGGACCUAAGAUGUUUCAGCUUAAAGUAAAAUUUCUUCACUAUUUAAAGUGAAAUAUCAGGUCGCUGAUCUUUCUGCAUAUUUUAGGAACACUGAUGUUGCUGCAAAAAAGAUUCUCUGUAAUUUCCUUGGGUAGAAGUGAAGGUUAUUUUAAAAAUAUCUAAGCUGUUUGAGUUGGCAGUUUGGAUUUCCCUGACCAGAUAAAUGCAGACUUUACUGUUCGGCAGCAGUAAUUUCUCCUUGACAUGUGGCAUAAAGUUUGUUUGUGAAUACAGUUGACUUGUCUGCCUGUUUUUACAGCUGUAAUA